GGCGCGCACCGUUGGCGCAGGGCUCAGUGUUCCCGCAGGACCGUGGCAGCCCCGACGUCGCGCUCUGCUCGCUGGGCGCCUCCCUGCCGCCCCCAUGGCUGCUCCGGACGACCCUCUGCGCGCAGAUCACAUGGUGAAGGAGCCAGUGGAAGACACAGACCCCAGCACUUUAUCGUUUCAUAUGUCAGACAAAUAUCCCAUUCAAGAUACAGGACUCCCUAAAGCUGAGGAAUGUGACCCAAUUACUUCGAACUGCCCAACAAAUUCUGAUGUGCAAAAUCAGGGAGAAGAAAAUGGCUUUCCAGACAGUACUGGAGAACCCCUUUCAGAUGUCACCGAGGACAAAUCCUGCAAGGAGAACUGCACCUGCUCCUCCUGCUCGCCCCGCACCCCCACCAUAAGUGACUUGCUCAACGAUCAGGACUUGCUGGAUGUGAUCAGGAUAAAGCUGGAUCCUUGCCACCCCACAGUAAAAAACUGGAGGAAUUUUGCCAGCAAAUGGGGCAUGCCAUACGAUGAACUGUGUUUCCUGGAGCAGAGGCCUCAGAGCCCUACCCUGGAGUUCUUACUUCGGAACAGUCAGAGGACAGUGGGCCAGCUGAUGGAGCUGUGCAGGCUCUACCACAGGGUGGAUGUGGAGAAAGUCCUGCGCAGGUGGGUGGAAGAGGAGUGGCCAAAGAGGGGCCAUGGCGACCACGCAAGGAACUUCUAGGCCUUUCCUCUUUCUUCUUCGCCUCUUUGGACAUGGAAUGACCACAGGUGAAGGAGGAACGUGAAUUGUUUCCUUUCCUUUGUUUUAAGAGUUUAGGCUAAAGACGUGGACAGUGGACAUUGUUUUUUUUUUUUUUUUUGGUUUUUUUUUACCCAAAGCUGGUAGUUUUGCAAAGGGGGUAGAGAUUGUGUUCUGGUGGUGGAUUUUUGUUUGUUUCGUGUUGCACAUCUGUUUUAAUUUAAUGUUAGAAUCUGGAAUUGGGAAAAAUAUCUGGGAGGCUCAUGGCUUGCCCACAGGUAGGGCAACAGCCUCUCAUCAGGAUGGGUUCAUGCCAGGAUGAAAGGAAAUGAUUCUCUCCUGCAAACAUUGCUGAAAGUGGAUCUAGGAAGGACUUGGUUGAUGACGCCAAACAAGCAUCGUCUACAAGACCCCUCAUCAUCAAAUGUUCGCAUGACUUAUAAGAAAACAACUGAAUGAUGCUAUAUUGUUUGGUCUGCCUUUACUUUUUUUGUUAAAAAGUAUUUGGGUAAAUUAGCAGGACAUUGAUAUCAUUGUGAUGACACCCUUUAGCACAGAUGUGCUAUCUUUUUCAUUCAGUAUUUUCAUAAUCUGUGUUCUAUCAAGAAUGUCAUUUGCUCAAGUAUCUUUAAAAGUAGUCUAACAGUCAAUGGUUAUUGGGAG